GGAACUCUAGACUCUAGAUGAGUUUAACCAAUAAAAGUCCAAGAAUAAAAUGAUGACAAUAUGGCUGCACCCUUUAGGCCAUCUCCUUGUAAAGGUGGAAAAAAAUUUCUUUUUUAAAAACAAAAAAAAACCACUGAUCUUGCAAGCGAAUACACCGGUGAUAAAAAAAUAGUAGCAUAGAAAUGGCGGGAAAGAGCUGUAGUGCCAAUGUAAACGAAAAAAAUGGUAACUUUAUAUGCGGUGUCGUUGAAGGAUUUUAUGGUAGGCCAUGGACCACUGAACAGCGAAAAGAUUUAUUCAGAAAGUUAAAAAAAUGGGGUAUGGACUCAUACUUAUAUGCCCCUAAAGAUGACUACAAACAUAGGGCUUAUUGGCGAGAUCUAUACACAGUUGAGGAAGCUGAGCAUCUGACUGGAUUAAUUACUGCUGCCAAAGAGUCUGGAAUCACUUUUUACUAUGCCCUAUCCCCAGGCUUGGAUAUAACUUACUCCAGUGUUAAAGAAGUAACAGCUUUGAAAAGGAAACUUGAGCAGGUCAGUCUGUUUGGCUGUCAAGCAUUUGCACUAUUGUUUGAUGAUAUUGAGCCUGAAAUGAGUGAAACUGACAAGGAAGUUUUUCAGUCCUUUGCACAUGCCCAUGUUUCUAUUACAAAUGACGUUUUUCAACAUUUGGGUCAACCUUAUUUUCUUUUAUGUCCAACACAAUAUUGUGCUGCACGAGCCAUGCCAAAUGUUUCAGCUUCAGAGUAUCUAAAUACUAUUGGAAACAAAUUGGCAAAAGAAAUCGAUAUAAUGUGGACUGGGGCCAAGGUUAUUUCAAGACAAUUGACACUUGAAUCAAUAGAAGAAAUAACAGAAGUUUUUAGAAGGCCUCCAGUUAUAUGGGACAAUUUGCAUGCAAAUGACUAUGACCAGAAGAGAGUUUUUCUUGGUCCUUACUCAGGGCGAUCUCCAGAUUUAAUACCGAAACUUCGCGGUGUUCUAACAAAUCCUAACUGUGAGUAUGGUGCAAAUUUUGUUGCGAUUCACACUUUGGCACAGUGGAGUAGAUGUAACAUUGAUGUCAAACGGGAUCUUAAUUUAAAUGAUACAGUAUCUGCGGACAUAAAAUUAGAGACAGAAACAGAAGAUGGCGUGGUCGGCGAAGAUGUACCGUCAACCCUGUCGCCUAACAUGUAUCAUCCACGGCGUGCUCUCAAAAAUGCAAUAAUUGACUGGUUACCAGAGUUUAAUAGAAAGCGUGUGGCCUUUGGCGUGAUUGCCAAGCCCCAGCCAUGUGUCGCACCAACUGUACCUAUUCCUAUUAUACCAUCAAUUAAUACUUGCAUGAGCUUGACAUCAGCGACGACAACAGCAACUGUAGUGGCCACAUCUACAUGUAGCCUAAUUACCACAGCUAUUAGUCGCGAUAAUGCAGAUCUUUUCAUGCCAGUAGCUUCUGCAGUUUCCAUCAGCAACUCAAGCCAUUUGCAGGCUUUGGCUGAGGUUUGCACUAGCGUCAUUGGAGCUGAUACUUUCAAACCUCCUAGUGGUCCUGUCAUGAACUCCCUUGUGUCCGACACAAAGGUUGUGAAGGAGCCACUUCUGCAGCGAAGUAUAGUCAACAAUGUCUCUAGUACUUCUAUUUCUACCGAACCUAUGGACUGCAACACCAUACCUCCUGAUUCUCGUACCCUUAAAUACAAAUCGUCUACUCGUCAAGAGUAUGAUUCAAUGGUUGAAAGCACAUCCAAACAUAACUAUUGCGCAACCUCUGGGAACACACAAGUAGAAAUAUUUGACCAGCCGAACUUGAUAAGUGGCUCUCAGAUGAUAGACGAGCAUAAAAUUAGUCAUCUAAAGCUUAAAACUGCAGCUGCCAAGUUGGACAAGGAUCAAAAUUUCUUGAAAGAAGCUGAUAAAAAACUAACGUACGAAGAUUUAGCUCUGCUCUGCGACUUAUUCUAUUUACCCUUUGAGCAUGGUGGACACGGCAUCCAAUUGCUUCAAGAAUUCAAUUGGCUCAAAAGCAACGCUUACAUUGUUAUGCAAAAGUUUAAGGAUGAAAAGCCAGCAAACAAAUCAGAUGUUGAAGAGUGGUAUGCUCGUGCAGCUAAAAUGCAUGACAUGUGUGAUGGAGUUAAUCGCUUACUUCAGAGGUUAUCUUGUUGCAGAAACAGAGAAUUGCUAUACGAUCUAUACUCUUAUGUCUGGGAUAUACGUGGGGUCAUAUCGCUGUUGAAUAGUUAUGUAAAGUGGCUGGCUCUUGGGAGAUUUCCAGCUACGAUAACGGCCUUUACCCAAGGAAGCUGUACAUGGUUUUCAAACGGCUGGAAAGAGACCUUCAUGAGUGGUGACCAAGAACCGUGGGUUUUCCGAGGUGGCCUUACUGCAGAUUUACAGAGAUUGAUACCUGUUGACAGUGGAAACGAUUUAUUUGUAUAUAAAGCACCUGAAGUGCCCACCAGUAAAAUCUACGCAAUUCGACCUUACUUACCAAGCGAUGAGGAGGCUGUCUAUGCAGUUUGCAAUCAAGUUUACAGCUGUGGUACAUCUUCUGCUGUGGCAGAUAGGCUUGUCGGAGGAUUUAUAAUUUUGAGUCCAGAAAUUUGCAUGGUGGUUGAAGAUGAGGCUAAUGUUGUUGGAUAUGCUCUUACUGCCAUUGAUGUAAGGUCGUACAAUCAAAAACUUGCAAUAUCCUGGAUACCUGAAAUGCAGCUCAAGUAUCCUCUAAAAAAUGUAAGCAACGACUUUACACGGGAAGAACAAGAAGCGAUAAAAGAUUUUCACACAUUUGUUCCUGACGUACCAGAGCAAUUAUACCGCCAGUAUCCAUCCAAGAUCAUAUGCACAUUAUUACCAGAAGUUACAGACCUGUCGGUCUCCAAACAGCUAAUCACAUGUAUCUUAGCUGCUCUAAGGGCGAAUGGUUCUUUUGGAGUUCAUACAACAAUGUCGGUCACAGACAAAAAUAAUCGAGAAUUUUACAUUAGAUUAGGUUUUGUUGACUUAGUAUCACCAGUGGAAGAUGAGUCAAAAACAUUGAUAAUGUGUCGAAGUUUCUAACCAGCAAAUACUUGAACAUUUUAAGAAAAUAAUAGUCUUAGCACCACCUCACAAAAGGAUAAUAAAGUUAUAAAAUGGCUAAGAAAAAUUUCUGAAAACUUUUUUAUCAUAGCACACUAAUAUUCUGUUUUUCUACGAAAUGUAUGUAAAACAAUUAUAUUUAAGUGUUAUAAACAAGAUGUACAGCAAAUCAAAAUAUGUUAUAAGAUCAAACAUUUCUAACUUUUUCUUUAAAAUA